AUGGCUACCACAACCUCCUCACCUCGCAUCGCCAUCAUCGGCGCCGGACCCUCUGGUCUUGUCCUCCAUCUCACCCUCGUCAAGCGUGGCGUCCCCUCCACCCUCUACGAGCGCGAAGCAAGCCCAAACGCCCGCAUUCACCUCGGCGGCACUCUCGACCUCCGUUGGGCGUAUGGCCAGCGCGCACUCUACGAGAACGGCCUCGAGGCCGCCUUCAAGGCCGUCUCCCGCCCCGAAGGCGACGAGACCCGCAUCUGCGGCAAGGACGGCCGCGUCCUCCUCGAGCUCAUCGGCGACCGUGACAUUAUUAACCCCGAAGACAUCAGCCCCGAGGUCGACCGCCGCGCGCUCCGGCAGAUCAUCCUCGAUGCCGUCCCCGCCGACUCCGUCAAGUGGGGCCACGCGCUCACCUCCGUCACCCCGCACGGCGACGGCACCCACACCCUCUCGUUCGCGAACGGGCACACCGCGGUCGUCGACGUCCUCGUCGGCGCGGACGGCGGCACGUCGCGCAUCCGCCCCCUCGUUUCCCCCGCGCAGCGGUACUACGCCGGGAUCACCGGUGCGGAGCUCGUCAUCCCGCCGGACGUCGUCGACCGCGCCGACAUGGCGGACGCGCGCGCGCUGGUCGGGGCCGGUACAACGUACGCGAUGGAGGGCGGCAAUGUCCUUAUCGGGCAGCGCAACAGCGACGGGCGCGUGCGGACAUACGCCUGGUUCCACGGCCCAGAGGACUGGCCGCUCCCGGCGGACCCGUCAGAGGCUCGGGCGGUGCUGCUGGAGAAGUUCGAGGGGUGGGCACCGGUGCUCCGCAAGCUCAUCGAGCACGGCGCGGACGACGCUAUCUACCACCGGCCGCUGUACAUGCUCGAGCCUGGGCUGCGGUGGGAGCACGUCGACGGGGUGACGAUCAUCGGGGACGCGGCGCACGUGAUGACGCCGUUUGCUGGGAUGGGUGCGAACGUGUCGAUGCUGGAUGGGCUGGAGAUGGGGUUGGCGAUCGCAGAGGCGGUGAACGCAGGGGCGAGCAAGGAGGAGCGGGAGGCGGCGAUCAAGAAGGCGGAGGAGAAGCUGUUUGAGGAGGGCGCGAAGUGGACGGCCGUUACCGCUACCAACAUGAAGGGUGCCAUUGGGCCAGACGCUCCACAGUGCAUGGUCGAACUGUAUAAGCUUAUGAAGGGGAUUCCGUAG